CAAUUUUCUUAUAGUGUCACUAUAUCUUUUUAUUUUCAAGUCUUUAGUAAAAUGGGUCUAAAGUCUGUGUUGUGUGCCAAGAUAGAAAUGAAGGCUAGCAAGGAUGUGUUUCAUGAUGUUUUUACAAAUAAACCACACCAUGUCUCUACUAUGUCCCCUUUGCAUGUACAAGGUUUUGAUCUUCUUGAAGGUGACAUUGGAACUGUUGGAUCCAAAAUUUGUUGGACCUAUACUCAGGAUGGGGAAAAGAAGAUCUCUAAACAAAUAUUUGAAGCUAUAGAUCAUGAAAAUAAGGUGCUCGUACUCAAAGAAUUUGAAGGAGAUGUAAUAGAUAAAUAUGAUAGUUUUAAAGCAACUCUUCAUAUCGAAACAAAAGACGAAAUCGAUUUGGUAAGCUGGACAUUGGAAUAUGAAAGGCCAAAUGAGAAUGUCCCUGAACUUAUAAGUUUGCUGAACUUCAUUGUUGGUAUGACCAAAGCUAUUGAUGAUCACCAUGCCAAUUGAUGAAUUGAUGGGAUCAUAUAUAUGCAUGUGAGCUUUACAUAAAUACCCUAUGCUUUGUUUGUUGUUU